CCACUCGGUUACAGCCAGGCUCCAGCCAAGGAUGCCAGGUCCCUCUCACUCGCUUGCGCGGCGUUUGUAGCAAGGGCGGAUAAAGCAGGCGGCAGCAGCAGCAACAGCAGCAACAACACUCGACAACCAUGGCUGGAUGCUGUCGGGGCUCAGCCCUGGAGAGCUCGCUAGAGGGCGUGCCUAUAAAACUCUCGUGACGUCGGCUUCGCGCUUUCUGGCUCAGGAGCAGAGCACUCCAAGAGAUUACUAUUUUGUUCUUACCGCACAGGAGAGUUGCCUGCCGCGUGUGUGUGUGCUCUGCCCUUGUCUGCUUGUUUUCCAAUCCAUCGAUAGCGGAUAAGAGAGUUUUAUAUGGCAGUGAACUGCGACUUUCUUUCUCUCGCAUCCUCGGUAUGUUCGUCGUUGCAUUAUGUGGAGUAAGCACUAAGCUCGUCAUCCUUCCUUCCACACGACGAGCAGAGAAUCGUGGGGUGCAAAUCCUUCAACAUAAAAAUAAUUCCGCAUCGUUAACAUUCUGACUGACAGGCGAUAAGACACGAUGACGCCCCCGACGGCGUCGACGAAAGAAAAUUAGAAGCAAUAAAGUACAUCACCGAACAGUGCACUGUGAUUAAUUAUCUAUGGUAAUGCUUGUUCUCUUCCUUUGUACCAGAAAACUAAAGAAAUUAGAACAUAAAGGCUUUUAGUUCCGACAGCUUGAAGAAGAAAAAAAAAAUUCCUUCUCAAAACUUUGACGGAGUGGAGGCUUCGGUGCAGCACAGCAAAUCGAUCCAAGUUUUCAGACUUCGGAAAGUUUUCUGUUCGGUGUAGAUUCUUUUUUUUCCACCGUAAAUGGAGAAAGUGAUCUGUGUAGAUGUUAUGGCAGUGAAUUAUAAAAGACGAGAAAUUCUAACAGACAAUCGGGUGUUUCGGAGACAUUAAACCAGAAGGUUUAUCUUCUGCUAGAAUUACUGGUGGCCGUUCCGAUUAAGACCUUGAAGAGGGUGGACGGUCAAGAAAAAAACCGGUGAAUGUCAAGAUAAUUAUUCCCUUUUCUUCUUCUUCCAGGGCAAAAGUGUGCGGCAACCGAAAGUAGACCUGACCCUUCAAGUCGGGAAAGAUUUUCUGUAGGAAAUUUGACUGGGAUGACUGGGCCAAGAAGACAGACUGUUUCUUUGAAAAUUAACUUCGUGGACUGUUCACCAUCUGCGCCUCGUGACUACCGUGGGUCUUGCUACUUUGGGCAAAGCAAAUCUUCAGAUCCUCGGCUGGGAAAAGCCAAAUUUACUCUGGAAAUUCAUUCACGUGGGAAUGUAAGAAGAACAUACAAGCCCACACCUGUCGCUGGGACUGGCCUGAGGAUCCGAGGCAAAUCUGACAGCAGCUGCGAAAAAUCCAUUGGCGGCCUUUUAAGAGUGUGUGAACAAAGCAGCAGUUGUUUUGUGCUUUACUUUUACUUCUCAGAGUAAAUUUCUGGACCUGCCAUUAUUUCAAAUCGAAAGAAUUUUUUUUUUACGCGAAAUGUGUUUGUGCUUGAAAACGAAAUAGUUUGUGUCAAAAUCUCAAGAAACAAAGAGAACAGUGGAUACAGAUGUGCAAAGAUUGGCCUUAAUGGAAAUCAGUCAACGUCUCUUGAAAAGAAAUAUCUUGUAAUGUUCAGAUAGGACCUGAAACUGUGGCAUGCGAAGACUAUUGAUAAAUGAUUAACAGGUUGCUCGUUAGACAGAAAAGUAAAAGAGGAGAGAAGAAGCAUCAGCUGACAAGAAGUUUGGAUAGUUUAAAGACAAUCUCAUAAGAGACCUCCAUGCCUGCCAAGUUCAUAACGGGCGCCAAGAGCGAGAGGUGAGUCUUGAGACUGUAACCCGGAUGUACUCACAGCGACGCUGUAAACAACAACAUCAUGGGUGUGGACAACAGCACUGGACCAGCGCAGGUGGCAGGGUACUUCCUACAACACACUACCCCGCAUAACUGCACCUUGCUGAACACUCACAUCGAAGGACCUCACUGUCCUUCUCAGCAAGAUGACUUGUUCAACUGCUGGCCGGCCACACCUGUGAAUACAACAGUGUACAAGCCUUGUCCGUUUUUACCAGAUGUACAAGAUCCAGAGGUGCAUGGGUUCAGGCGUUGCUUGGCCAACGGAUCUUGGGAACAUGGCAACUGGAGCAACUAUACGGUCUGUCUGCAGUAUCUCGACCACAUGGAUGCCCAUACGACAGAAUCGCCGCAGACAUUUCCACAAAAUAACGUUCAGCUGUUCCGAACACUCACUGACAUCAUCUUCAUCGCCAGUAUUAUUUCUCUGGUAUUUCUUCUGGUAUCGCUCGUCAUCUUCUCUGUUUUCAGAUCUUUACAAUGUCAUCGAAUAUCUAUUCACAAACAUCUGGUGAUGUCCUUCAUCUUUCGAUUCAUCAUUCACAUUAUCACAUUUGAGCCAUUCGUAACGAAUCGCCAGACUUCCUACAGAGAUGUGGAAUGGUUGUGCCGAACUUUAAAAGCUCUGGACAACUACAUGGUGGCGGCCAACUUUGCCUGGAUGUUCGUGGAGGGUCUCUUCCUCCACAACCGACUUGCAGUGUCCGUCUUCAGCUCCGAGGCGCCCUUUGCCCUUUUCUACGCCAUCGGCUGGGGUAUUCCGGGAGUUUUGACCGUGUUGUGGUCGACUUUGAUGCAUUUUCACAACAUGGACUCCUGCUGGAGUUUCUCGACAGAGUCGCCAUUAAUUUUCAUAGUGUACGCUCCCAUCAUGGUAGCACUAGUCAUUAACCUAGGUUUCCUUGUCAACAUCAUACGGAUUCUUGUGACGAAGCUACGGGCGAACAACUCGCUGGAAACCGCACGAAUGAGGAAGACUAUCAAGGCGACAGUGGUGUUGCUCCCUUUGCUUGGAAUGACCAACCUGCUGUUCUUCCUGAAGCCGCAUGGCGAAAACCUGGGAAUGGUGGCGUACAGGGUGACCAACGCUGUGCUACCACCUUGUCAGGGAAUUUUUGUCUCCUUGCUUUACUGCUUCAUGAAUGGAGAGGUUCAAGGUGUAAUCAAGAAAAAGUGGCAGCGGUUCCGCCUGAGCAGGUCGCUCACCAAUUCUCGCUCACGGCGGCGCAGUUCUCGCACCUCGUCUGUCUUCUUGUCACAAAGCGAGGUCCUGUUCAUGGUCUCCUUCCGCAACAAAGUCUUCAACAAGCGCCACCAGUCACGUGACUACUCCCAUCCAAUCAACAACCAGCGCUGCACGUGCCUGAGAGAGACCAAUGAGUGUAUCGACUGUUCCAAAGUGCAGCAGUAUGGCUGAAAGAUGCGUGUCCGUGCGCCGCAGUCAUUUGUUGCUGUUUCCUCAGAAAGGGUCUGGGAUGGCUUCUGCCACUCGACUAUACUGUGAUUCCGUCUGUGGUCGGCACUCAGAGGUGGGGUAGGGGUUGAAUCCCAAACCAAAGGGUGCCAGACUUUUACCAUGUGGAAGACGUAGACACACGUCCACAGAGAGUUCAGACUGGUUAUAGAAAGUUACUUUGUGAUAUUAUUCUCAUAUGAUAAUUUGUGUCACCUCCUGUCCUGGCUCCUCUCUCUCUCUCUCACACACACACUCUCUCUUCCACUCGCAUGCACACAAACUCGCAUUUCCCUACUUUGCAGCACUCCACUGAUCGGUUGCUUUACAUGACAGCCAUGAACUGCCUCCUUGGGUCGACUUUCAAUUCCACAUCUUUAGUGGAUAGAGACCACUCACUUCCCCAACCGAAAGUGCUGCACUUCAGAACACUUUUCUGUGACCAGAACGCCACAUCCCAGAAUGUGAUAAAGAUAUAUCUUAACAUGUCAUAAUAAAGACACAUAUGUACACACUUAAUUACAAUAAUGUGUACACAUUGGGGUAAAUAAUGUGUACACACAAUAUUUGGACAAUUUUUCAUGUGUCCUUAUUAGGACAUAUUUCAACAUGUUCAGGCUUGUAAAAGGGUGAUCCGUUGUAGCAACAGAAAUUAUGCAGGAACAGAACAUUUCUUUCGCUCAGAGUUUACUUUUAUAUUAGCUUGAGACAAACUAUUUAUGAAGCCCAGAGAAAAUAAGUCUUAUGUGGCUGCUUCAAUUUCGUCUUCUUCGCCAAUAACGGCAUUUUAAGAUAUAAAAAUUAUUUGCUGAAAUUUAUUUAUAUUUACCCGAUAAUUUUGCUUGUUUUCUUGUGGCGUGACAGCAUUCCCUCUUCUUCUAACAUGAACUGUACUGGUACACUACCAGCCGCUGUCCUCUUAGGAAAAGGGAGGGGAGGACUACAAGCUAUAUCACUUCUGCUUUUCCGACCUAAAGGAGUCAAAUGCCUUUUUGUUGAAAAUGUGAAUACUAGAGAAAGAAGAAGAAUGCUUAUUUUUUCAUAUACAUGCUUGCUUUUUUCAAUCCAUCUUGAAAAAAAGAACAAUUUAUUUAGGAAGCUGUAUCAAGCUGUAUUGUUUUCGCACAAUAAAAAAAAUAUUUUUAGCAAAAAAAAAGGAGAGAAACUUAUUUUACAGACUUUGUGGCAAUGGAAGAAGAAAUAUCUUCUUUUUCUUAUACUAGCCACGUUUUUUCUGCGUAAGGUUUAAAGUAAGAGUUGGUGAAAAGGAGCACAUACGGGUUUAAAAAAAAUUGAACAGAAUGCCUGACAGAAAAUUGUGCAUUAAGGACUGUUCUUCCUGUUAGCCUGUCAGCCAAUUGUGAUUUUUAUGAUUAAAAAAAUAAAUGACAGUGUCA